AUGGAUUCUCAAGUCUUGGUAGCUCUUGUUCUUUCACUUGUCGGCGGUCUCAGCACUUCCAUAGGUGCGCUUUUUGUAAUUAUCAAUCCAGCUCCAAAUUUGAAGAUGCUUGGGCUAUUACAGGGUUUUGCCGCUGGUUUGAUGCUGAGCAUAUCAUUCUUUGAUCUGGCUCAUAAUGCUAUAAACUCACUGGGCUUCUUGAAAGGCAACCUUUGGUUUUUUGCUGGUGUUAUAUUCUUUGCCAUUAUAGCCAAUUUUAUCCCGGAGCCGACACUUGUUCCCACUUCAGAUGUGAAGACUAAAAAGAAAAAAGGGGAUGAAGGAGGCAAGGAUAUUUUGAAAAAGCAUCGCCAGCAAGUUUUAUUCAGUGGAAUUAUUACAGCUGUAGGCAUAAGCUUACACAAUUUUCCCGAAGGAAUGGCAGUCUUCCUUGGAUCCAUGAAGGGCCUUCGUGUUGGAGUCAACUUAGCAUUGGCCAUUGCUCUUCAUAAUAUCCCGGAGGGUGUUGCUGUUGCACUUCCUGUUUAUUUUGCUACACAAAGUAAAUGGCAGGCAUUCAAAUUGGCAACACUUUCAGGCUUUGCCGAGCCCUUGGGUGUUAUAAUUGUAGCCUAUCUAUUCCCUAGCAGCUUAAAUCCUGAAAUUUUGGAAGGUCUACUUGGUUCAGUUGGUGGAGUUAUGGCUUUUUUGACCCUUCAUGAAAUGCUGCCAUUGGCAUUUGAUUAUGCUGGACAGAAACAAUCUGUUAAGGCUGUAUUUUUUGGGAUGGCUUUCAUGUCUGCAAGCCUGUAUUUUCUAAGUAUCAGCUUACCAGAGGAGAUAAGCUUGUAG